CAUUCACUUGUACACCGUUGCACCCCCCGCGCGACGCCAGGCCCCAUUGCAACCAUGGCCAACCUGGUGCUCGGCACUGUGGCGAUGCAGGCCCCUGCGGGUAGCAAGGCUACCAGUUAUGCCGGCAGCAGCAGGCACCUGCGCUCCAAGGCGCACGGCCAGCUCAACAGCCGCCGGGCGGUGCAGGCGGCUUUCUGGGGUCGCAAGAAGGAGGCCGCCAAGACGGAGGCCGCCCCUCAGGCCGCAGAGCCCGCCGCCGCUGUCGCCGCCGCGGGUCCCAUUGAGAUCACCGUGGAGGGCAAGAGCCAGGUCAUCGAUGCUGGCGACAAGAUGAUCAUUGUGGAGCCCUCAGGCACCAUCAUCAUUGGCGGCCCCGAGGCCGUGGCGCGCGCGCAGGCGGCCGAGGCCGAGGCCGUGAGCGAUGUGGCUGAGGUCGAGUACCUCACCGGGCGCGCCAACGCCGUGCAGAAGCACUUUGCCUCUGCCGUGGGCGCCGAUGACUUCAUGCAGCGCGUGGAGAUGGCUCUGUACGCCUUUGGGUUCACCGGCGACAACUCCAUCGCCAUGGUGAACCUGUGUCGCGACGAGGUGACCCUGACCCUGAAGCACCGCAUUGAGGAGACCUUUGGCUCCGCCUUCUCCACCAACGGCCUGGGCGGCGCACUGACCUGUGGCGUGACCGGCAUGGGCGCCGGCUUCAGCCACUCUCCUCUGUGCAGCAGCAACAAGGAGCGCUAUGUGUUCUUCUCGUUCCCGCACAUCAGCAUCAACUCUAAGGGCGAGGUGGGCCCCAUGUCCCGCCCCGGCCGCCCCGGCCAGUCCUGCGCCUGCGGUGCCCUGAUUAAGGCCACCAACGAGAUCAAGAGCGAGGGCCUGACCUGCAACUGCAAGAUCCCCGGCGUGCACGAUGCUCUGGACCCAGAGAUGAGCAUCUUGAAGCAGCGCAUUGCCCGCCGCCUGCGGCACGAGGGCUACAACGACAACUCUGUGAAGGACCUGACCCUGGUGGAUGUCACCAAGGUGGCUGAGCGCACCAUCUCCGACGAUCUGGAGUUCCUCAUCUCCAAGACUGUCAACACCGACAAGGCCGAUUACGCCGUCGUCACCGGCGUGCAGAUCCACAACUGGGCAUAUGAUUUUGAGGAUGCCUCCCCCAACAUGGAGUUUGUGGCACCCACCAGCGCCUACGUUGUGGUCGAUGGCGUGAAGACCCACCUCGACUUGUCAGCCAUCCCGCCGCUGACCCCUCGCCAGAUGCGCCUGGUGGCCGGCCCCGCUGACGUGGGCAACCAGGGGGGCCAAAACCUUUUGCGGCGAGGAGGGGCUCCUUUAUGCUUUGAAUUCAAGGAUUCCACCCGGUGAUCGGAGGGGGCGCUUUCACCGCUCCCUUUCGCUGUUGAAGGAGGAGAGCUUGGACGGCACUGGCGCUGGCACUGCUCCCGCAUGGCAGUCAACGAUUGUGAAGGGUACCCCUGAGCGCUGCGCCACCGCCGACAACUCCAACAUCAUUGACAGCAGCUUCGCCGAGGAUGCUGAGCUGCGCAAGGUGUGGGAAAUGUUGGAGGAGAAGUACAAGCUGCCUGCCAAGAACUGAACACAUGGGCUGCGGUGGCGAGAGAGCGAGGUCAUCUAGAGUUUUCAUACUAAGUAAACACAUUGAAUCACAGAGAACACCAAUAUUCAUUUGAUGGUCAGCUUGAUUGCUUGAUGAAUGAUAUUUUCAGUCCUCGGUCUUUUGUUUAGCAGCGCCGUUUCGUGUGCACGUCUGCGUCUCCUAGUUAUGGUUACAUCCAUAACAAUUCUGCACCGAUUUUCCAGGGUUCAGGCAGUGCACCAUUUCCAAACGCGCGCUCUCUAUUAUGCUAACACCAGCAACACGCGACGCGGUAAUGAAUACCACUGAC